GUUGCUACACAAACAACAUGGAUUCCAAAAACACGAUUAUUUGAUUAUUUCCAGUUAACCCUGCUUGUUUUAUAAAGUUCCAAAAAUGGCAGCAUCUAUGAAAUCCUCUAACCCUGAACUAAAGACUUAUCUGCGGUCAAAUAAAUUACCAGAUGUUUAUGAGGCACUACUCACUGGACUUGCAAUUAUGUGUCCUGAUGAUCCCUUACAGUUUUUACUGGAUAAACUCAAGUUUCUGGUUGAAGGUGGUCUGGAAGAACUUAAUUGGGAUAUGUUUGUUGAUGAAGGCAUGAGACCUGUAGCUAAAAUAAUAACAGAAAGUAACCUGGAUUUUAUAUUCAACCUCGAUGAUGAGAGUAUGAUUGAUUUUAUAGAUAUACCAAUCAACAUUCAGAAAGGUGUUGGAUAUUUCGGUGGUCGCUUCGAUGGAUUGAUGAAAAACAAGAUAAUUUGGCCUUCGCCAGAAAUGUACCAUAUGGCCUACCAGCAUUACAACACUUUUCUGAAAAAUAUGUGCUACAGAGCCUGGUUACAGUACUAUCUAAACAAAAGGUUGAAGAAGACAAAUGUAUCUGGAAAAAUGUUGAAGGCAUCAAAUCAUCAUUCACAAAGACUGAUGAAGGAACAUUUUGUCGUUUGGAAGGAAUGGUUGAGAUAUAGAAAAGGGUGUCAAGCUAUGUUUUUCCAAGUAAUCCAAAAAGUUUGGCAUUUAGCUAUAGCUCGAGUUAUAUUUAAUGAAUGGAGAAUCACAACUGAACAAGCUAAGAACCAAAGAGAAUAUUUUGAGAGGCUAGAACGUGGAGAGAACCUGAAUGAUGAAGAUGGAUUUGGAUCAACUGGUGAUGCCAGAGACAGUAUUUCAUGGCUGGACAGAAGUGUUGCAGUUAGGAUAUUUAAGAAUGUGGAUAUAGCUGAUCUGUCAAGAUGUUCCAGAGUUUGUAGAUCUUGGAAAGUUAUCAUUACCAACAGCAGUGCCAUUUGGAACAGAAUUGACUUUUCCCAAGUAAAGAACAAAGUAACAGAUAAAGUAGCAACAAAGCAUUUGAUGAAAUGGCGGCCUUAUUUGAUACACAUAAACCUGAGAGGAUGUACAAAAUUAGGAGAACCAACUUUUAGAGGAAUUAGUGAAUGUAGAAAUCUACAAGAUCUUAAUUUGUCACAAUGCACAGGUGUUAAUGAUGAUUCAAUGAAGAUAGCCCUGCAAGGAUGUAAAAUUUUGUUAUAUCUAAAUGUCUCCCUCACAAACAUUACAGAUGCUACCUUGAGAAAUAUUUCAAAGUUUAGCCAGCAUUUGCAGUUUUUGAGUUUAGCCUACUGUAAGAACUUUACAGACAGAGGUUUAAUGUAUUUAGCAAGUGCCAAAUGUAGCAAGAAGUUAGAAUAUUUAGACAUAUCUGGUUGUCUGCAGAUAACCCCUGAUGGUUUCAAAGGUCUAGCCAAUGGAUGCAUCAAUCUACAGACCCUGAUUAUAAAUGAUUUCCCAACUUUGACAGAUGAAUGUGUUAUUGCUCUUGCCAACAAAUGUACAAAGAUCCACACAGUCUCUGUGUUAGGAUCACCACUUCUUACAGAUGAAUCAUUUAAAAAGUUAGCACAGCAUAAGAGACUCAAGAAACUUAAAACAGAGGGUAACCAGAGAAUAUCUGAUGUAGCAAUGAAGUCCAUUGGUCAGUGUCAAGGUCUUACCCAUUUGUAUAUAACAGACUGCCAACGACUGACUGAUGCUUCAUUAAAACAGCUGACAUCAUGUAAAGAAUUGAGAGUAGCUAACUUUGCAGAUUGUGUUAGAAUAAGUGAUGGAGGUGUUCGACCGUUGACAGAUGGAGAUUCAGCUGAUAAGAUACGAGAAUUAAACCUGACCAACUGUAUAAGAGUUAGUGAACUCUCAGUCAUUAAUAUGCUUAAAAAACUAAAACAUUUGACUUAUGUCAGUUUAUGCUUUUGUGAUCAUAUAAGUGAGAAUGGUAUAGAAAUUCUUGGACAACUGCACAGUUUGACUUCUCUAGAUAUAUCUGGAUGUAAAGUAACGGACAAAUCUCUGUCAUUGCUUGGAAACAAUUACAGACUAAGGGAUGUAACUCUGUCUGAAUGUAUUGACAUCACAGAUUUAGGGUUGGAGAAAUUUACACAGCAAUGUAAAGAAAUUGAAAGAUUAGAUCUGUCUCACUGUUGGCAAAUUACAGAUGGUGCCAUAAAGAAUUUAGCUUUCUGUUGUCAGAAUCUGAAUGCUUUAAAUUUAUGUGGAUGCAAAAAUAUAACCAACAUGAGUAUACAGUAUUUAUCAGGAGUUUGUAAAUACCUAAACACAUUAGAUAUUAGUGGUUGUCUUCAUAUCACAGAUAAAUCUUUGAAGUAUCUACGCAAGGGUUGUAAAAAACUUAAAUCACUUACAAUGCUGUACUGCAAAGAAAUUUCCAAAUCAAAAGUACAGAAAAGACUAGCAUACAUCCAGACAGUUGUUUACAGUGAUGAACCAGUACCUAACUGGUUUAGAAACCAUGCAUUGAAGGACUGAACUAUUUAAUGAUUUAACUGGUUUCUAAUUAAAAUUCAUAGGCCCAUCACUUACUGGUGUUAUUGAGAGUAACCACCAUGUCUUAACUGGUUCUGAUAUCCUUCAAACCAAUAGCCUACUGUAAACUGGUAAAUAGAGGGAACUCAGUGUAUAAACCAGCUGAAUAUCAAUGUUACAAUCCUAUGACCUGACCUGGUGGUUUGUUUCUCAAUCAUGAAUUUAAGAAAUUUCUUGAUUAAUAACUUUUGAAACAUUGAAAAUCAGGGAAAUGUAUGUUCUCUACAUGAUUACAGUUUGAUUUAAUCAAAAGAAACAUGUUUUGGGUUAUAGUAACAAUCAGCUCUACAGAAAUUAUUACACUUAACAUUUUUAAAUUUAACAAAGUUGGUGUUUUUUAAUUUUUAAUAGAUAAAUACUGUCUUACUUAAUAAUCUACAAGCAAAUUAUCACAUGCAUGUUGUUUCCAGAUGUAUGCUUCUUUAAAAUAUGAAAACACCUGAAGUUCGUUCAUUAAAAUAUUUAUGUACUAUGAAUUAUAUGGCAUGAAAUAAGUAUUUAUUAUACCACAUUAUCAUGAUUAUCAUGUAAACUGAAUAAUUUAUCUAGUAACGUAAAAGUAUUAAAAUGUUGGAUGCAAUGGAACAAAACAUUUUUAUGCUAAUAAUUAGCUUUUUCAAUUACAUCAUAAUAUUGUUUUCCUUUUAAUGGCAUGCAAGUAUAAGGAAUUGAGUAUAAUUUGGAGCAAAUUAUGUUGUGGUCCAAAUGUAUCAUUAAAACCUAAUUAGAAAAUUCUGCAUGUAAUUUCACAUUUGUCCAUUGUUAUUUUUACAAUGCAAUAUGUUUGAAGUAUCAAAACAUUAAUAGUCUCAAGAUAAAGGAGUAGGUCCGGUAAGGGCCGAUUUUGGCCUCAAAAUUCAAGUUCAUCUGAUGAAAGAUUUUGGACAAUUUUUAAACACUUAAGUGUCUACUUCAGUCGAUUCAAUCAGUUUAUGUGAAAGAUUUGAACUGAUUUAGUCAUUAAAGACGCUCAAAUUCAAGCUUAAAUAUGAAAAAUCUAUAAAAUAUGCCAUAAUAUGUCACUUUUCAGAUGGUUUUUGUCAAAAAUGAAAGUGGCCGCAUCCGUGUUCAUUCUCAACCUUUAUAUAUUUUAUGUAGUAUCAUCAAAUACAACUUACAUUUAAAUAUUAAGAAUGAACACAAAUGCGGCCACUUCCAUUUCAGGCGGAAACCGUCUAAAAAUUAACCAAAAUGCAAAAAUUUCGAAGAUUUCAGUAAUUUAGCAUGACUUAAUGAUGCUAGUACCCGAUACAUGUGCAUUGUAUUGUCAAAAAAAGCCCAUAUUUAUGUAACAGAAUUAUUCUCCUUUCCAAUAAAUAGCUAAAAAUUUACAUUUUAACAAUUUGGUAAAACUGCUAUAUUUUGGGGCCAAAAAGGGGUCUUACUGGUCCUACUCCUUUGCAAAGUUUUUUAAAUUAAAAUUUCUGUCUUAUAUUUAAUUAAUUAAUUAAUUAAUUAAUUAGAUAUGAUAACCUGAAUAAUUUUUUAACUCAUAAAUUUGAUUUUGGUUAUCAUUCUGCAGAUUAUCACACAACAUAAGAUUGUUAUUAAUCAAGAACAGUAAAUUUAUAGUUUGACUGAAUGAUAUAAAACUCGGGGGCCUCGGUGGCCGAGUGGUCUAAGUAGUUACUACUGUAAUCACUAGCCAGUCAACACUGAGGUUGUGAGUUCGAACCCCGCUCGUGCAGGUGCACUUUACUCCAAUCUUAAUUGACUAGGAUUGUCAGUUUUCCUAUCGAAGGUCGGUGGUUUUCUCCAGGCUCUCCGGGCACUCCGGCUUCCUCCACCAAUAAAAACUGGCCGUCACAAAAUAGCCCAAAAGCGGUGCUUAAAAGAGGCGUUAAAACACCAAAAAACAAAAUCAAAUGAUAUACAACUCUGUUUAUUAAGAAAAAUGCAACAAAAAAUCAACCAAAGUUACUCAUUUUCAUGUUUUCUCAUAAACAUUUAGAAACGAUCAACCAAUGCUCAUAUAAUAUCUUUUAAAAAGAUGGUAAAGUAAAAUAAUCCUGAAUUUUGAUAUGAUAAAGAUACUGACGUGACAUUAUAUUUGACAUUUUCCUGAAAAAAAGGCCAGAUUGUAUACAUAACCAUAAUCAUUUUGCAAUAGGAUAAACAUGAUACUGAAAAGAUGAAGAAUAUUUGAACUUUAGCUCCAUUAUAAAUAAUCUCAUUUCUCCUACUUUGCCAUUGAAUUUAAUAAUUCAAUUUUAGUGGUUUAUUACCUAUAUUAAAAUGUUUUAUAAAAGUAUUAAUUGAUUUAUCGAAAUGUAUCUUCAUUAGAUCAGAAAGGAAAAAAUCUGCCAAACUAGGAAAUAUUAGUUCCACUGUAAUAACACUAUACAACCUGAACAAAGUAAUGAUUUAGACAAUACAUUAUCGUAUUGUGACAUUAGCAAACAUUGUUAAAUAUUUUAUUUUGUAAUAAGUCUGUGAUAUAUUGUUUUAUUUAUUUAUUACAAAAGCAGAAAUAAUAAAAUUGUGAAAAAUGU